AUGAAGAUGGCCGACUUUGUCUGUCCUUCAGACGCAUUCCGGGCGUGUCCCCCACACCUACGGACCAAUUUUUCUCAAGAAGACACACGAUUCCGAUUUACACCCGUCAAGACCGCCAAAACCGCUCCCCGCGUCUGGGAGCGCAAGCCGUCGACCGCAUUCCGGGCACGCGGCAAGUCGCGUAAAGUCUGGAAACGCUUUCGCUCCUCCUUCAACAGCAUGAAGGCUCUGCAGCAGUUGACUGCGGCGGACCGUCACACUAUCGACUACGACCUGCAUUUGGAAAUCAACACAUCCCGGAACCCCGGCCUAUUUCGCGGUGUCAAGCGCCGAUGUUUUGCCCUGGAGGCGGACGACUUGGAGGAUGGGGUGCGCGGGCGUUCUUUUCUAGAGACAAAGUGGGAGUUGGGUGUUAAUGGACGACGACGCAAACUACCCCUCGUUUACAGUGAUUUUGUCGACAUUUCCGAUGAGCCGGUGGAAUACGAUAGUCUUCAGCCACAAGAGUCUGGUGAUGAUGCGAGCAACGUGCCGGAGGUGCCCACGUCGACGUUGGAGGAAGCUCUCGCGGAGAACCCUGCAGAUGAGGACGAAUGCUGCAGUCGGAUGCCGGAAACCCCCACCAGACUGGCGGCCGACGCAGCCUAUCCCCGCACGCUACAUGGCCAGUCGCCGCUAGUGUUCAGUGGGAUGACUGACAGCCCAGCACUCAUAAACCCCCACGAGGUCAACGUACAACCGGCUUUGGAUCUCUCCGAUGCGAGUGCAGAAGUGCCUACGACGAAAGAUGACCAUGGCGAACAGGCGGUUACUACGAUGAUCGGUGAUCAACCCGACGAACAGCCCACCACCUUGAUUACAGACACCGUGAAAGAGGAGGCACCUGCUACGAUAAACGUCCCCGUGCCGGAUUUGACGGUCGAACAGGAAUCGACCCUGGUCCGGUCCGCCCUCCGAAGCUCAUUGGACGGAGAGGACACCGAGUUGCUAAACAACUUUUUGUCCAAGGCAAAGGCCAAGCGCGAGGCCAAAGCUGCCGCUAUGAUCGCUCCGGAUGCAGAAAAGACUGAGCAGGAGGUGUCGGUCGCGGUCGCGGUCGCGUCUCCGACUCCACCGUCGCGCCGUGCGCUGGAGAAUCUCGACGCGAACUCACCAUCACCUCAGAAGCCUCAGCUGUCGCCGACCAAGCCACAGGACGAGGAAAACACGCAACCUUCUAGCCCUCGCCGGAGUAGCCGACCACGCCCGAGCCGCGCUUCCUCGCUACUGACGACCAUCACCGCCGCGGCAGCCGUGCGCAACACCCUCUCUCUGCGCCGUGCCAAGGGCACCGAAUUUAUCUUCCUGCAACGCACCGAGGCGCAGGAGCUAGCGCUCGAGACACGGCGGAAUACGCGACUCAACAAGGGCAAUGCGUUGAUGCCAAAGUUCGUUCUGCAGGCGCUAGCACGUAAAUCCCCGGAGGCCAAGAAAGAGAGCUCCCCUUGCACCGAGGAUAGGUCGGGAGAUGACUCGGGACGAUCACGCAAGAAGAAGCAUGUAGCCUGGAACGACCACCGGCUGGUGCAGUUUGAGGGUGAAGAAGAUGGUGCGAAGGGCGAUGGGCAUGACGUUGGCAACGGCGGAAGCAAGGGCCAAAGCCCCGAGAAAAGAAAGGCAGCCAGUAGCCGGACGACGCGGUCGCAAGUGGCGCAGAAGAGUGGUGGGGAGGAUGGCGCCGAUGCAGCUACCGCAGCGCCUACUGCACCCGCUACUGCAACGCCUCGGACGCGGCGCGUGCGCCGGCUGGGGCCCGGAGCAGCCAAACCCGACUCGGGUGCUACCGUGGGUGUGUCGUCACCCACCAGCAGCGACGACACCUCUGCAAGCUGUGAUCACCGCAAGAAGCUGACCCCGAAAUCGCCAAGACGGGCGCCCGCAACACCAUCUAAGGCUGCGGGCGAAAGCAUCAAGACAUCACUGCGCAGUAGUAGCGCAAAGACGAACCUGCUGAAGAUCAACGCUGGGUCAACGCCAGUGCCUCGGAAAAUGCGCCCGCGCCCGUGA